AUGGAUGGAAUACGUUUUGCACCUGGCUAUAGUGUAGAACAACCUAUGGAAGACUUAUUUCGUAGCAGUAGUGAUUCAGAAGGUAGUGACGCCGAAGAUGAUGGAACAGAGACACAGGUAGACCAAAGUGAUGAAAUUUGUUUACAUGAAUUAGAAGAAAAUGAUAUUCCUGCUGAAAAUGAUGACAGUGGAGAAGAUGAAAGUGCAGUACUGGUAAGCAGGGGUCGGGAUAUUGCAUGGAGUACAAAAGAACCAUCAAUUCGUAGAUUUCCAAUCCGCAACAUACAACGAUUUUCAGCAGGUAUUCCUAGUACAGUUAGUGUUAGCUCAGCUGUUGACUGUUUCACUAAUGAAUUGCUGGAUAUAAUAGUUCAGUUCACAAAUCAACGACGAAAUGAAUUGAAAGUGUCUGAAAAAUUAGUUGACUGGCGGGAUACAGACAGAUGCGAGCUUCUUUCGUUUUUAGGCUUGCUGAUUCUGUAUGGCGUACAGAAGAAGAAACCUAUUGACGAAUUUUGGGACUCUGAAUAUGGUACUCCUCUAUUCCGUGCUACUAUGUCGAGGAGGCGAUAUCAGGACAUUCUGCGUUCACUUCGUUUUGACGACCGCAUCACAAGACUUGAAAUGAAAGAGAGGACUGGAAAUAAGGCUGAAGCUGUACAGGAAAUAUUUGAUUUGUUUGCCGUGCAAUGUCAAACAUCAUUUAUACCUUCCAGCAACAUUACUGUUGAUGAACAUCUUUGCGUAUACAGAGGUCGGUGCAGUUUCAAGGUCUACAUUCCUUCAAAGCCAGGAAAGUAUGGCAUCAAGAUAUGGUGCGCAGUAGACUGUGAACAUGGUUAUCUGACAAAUCUUCAAAUGUACACUGGAAGGAGUGGUGAUGUGAGAGAAGUGAAUCAAGGCAAGAGAGUGGUCUUAGAUUUAGUGUGUCUUCUGGCUGGCAGUGGUAGGAAUAUACCCACUGAAUUUUUUCACGAGCUAUGA